AUGUCAGACCUCCUCACGGGUGGGCUUGAAGUAGUUCUUGCCACCUUUGCCGUCAGUUUGGCACUCAGAAGUUACCUUGCCAAACCGAAGCUGCCUCACAGUGGUAAAUUACCACCGGGUCCCCCUUUACUCCCAAUCCUAGGCAGUGCACUGGCAGUUGAUGUGACUGCCCCUUGGCUUACCUACAAGGCUUGGGGCGAUCAAUACGGCAAGUCGUUACACAGAGUGCAGGAUAACAUCGUCAUCAACUCUGAGCGAGUUGCAAGAGACCUCCUUGAACAUCGCUCACAGAAUUAUUCUGACCGACCAGACAUCGCAACCAAUGAAUUAUUUGGUAUCGACUAUACUACCGCCUUUAUGCGUUACGGUAGCAGAUGGCGGCUUCAUCGGAAAAUUAUUCACCAGUCCUUCCGAGAAGACGCAGUUCCCUUUUUUCAGCCCAUGCAAGUAACGAAAAGUCAUGAAUUUUUAUUGAACCUCCUGGAAGAUCCUUUGGACUACCCGAAACUUUUUGAAGUUUAUUCAGGUUCAGUCAUCAUGUCUGCCGUGUACUCGUAUGAUGCAGCACGGCGUAAUGACCACAUGAUUGAGCGUGCAGUCAUGGCUCUGGAUAUCAUCCUGAAAGAGAUGAGACCGGAGGUAGCUGCCAUUUUUAGUGCUUUUCCUUCCCUUCUCCGUCUCCCCUCUUGGCUCCCUGGUAUGCGCCUCAAGAGAGUUUCACCUUUAGCCAAGGAAUUGGCCACAGAAAGCUUGGAAAAAACCAUUUGCGCUACGGGGUCCAUUUCUUCUUGCAUGGUCUCUGACCAUUUGCUGGAGCUUGAUCACAGCUACGGUGAUUCUGCCUGGAUGAAGAAAGCGGUAAAGGAUUCUGCAGCAACCGCUUUUGGGGCUGGUACAGAGACGGUAGGCCGAAAGCAGCAGCCAAUGUACAACAGAAAGCGCACACACUUGUUGAUAGUGUGGUUGGCUCAAAGAGACUGCCGACAUUCCACGAUCGUCCAUCCUUGCCCUACAUUGACGCUAUUUUACGGGAGUGCAUGCGGUGGCGCCCGGUUUUUCCCUCUUGCGAUCAUGCAUGCUGCUGUCGAAGAUGACGUUUACGAAGGUUAUUACAUACCCAAAGGCGCUACGGUUACCCCGAAUGUUUGGGCGAUGUGCCACAACGAAGAUAAAUACGCAAAUGCGUCCGAAUUCAAUCCUGACCGUUUCCUGAACCCAGACGGCACUCUGACUGAUGACACUGUGAGUGUCGUGUGGGGAUUUGGACGACGGAUAUGCCCUGGUCGCCACCUCGCCGAAGCUUCUAUAUGGUCUGGCAUGGCGACCUAUGCCAUUCCCUUGCAGUAUCACUCCGCGGAAUCCGGACAUGGAUGUCACGGCCUUGCAGCAUUUGAUUAG